AUCAUUUUAUCUGAAAAAUAGCAAAGCGAGUAGAUAGUGUUAUUGAGCACGGAAGAAUCCAUUGAUUGGAAGAAACUACAUAAAAUAUUUAAAGCAGAAGAUAGAAAAGCCUUUUUAGACAAGAAGAGAGCAUCAGGAAAAACAUUUAAACAGCUGUAUUUACAAGCAACAACAAAUAAGUUGAGUGCACGACGCUAGAGUAAAACAAAAUGGGCAAAGAUUUCUACAAAAUUUUGGGCAUCGACAAGAAGGCCACAGAUGAUGACAUCAAGAAAGCGUACCGCAAACUGGCCCUCAAAUACCAUCCGGACAAGAACAAGAGUCCACAGGCCGAGGAGCGGUUUAAGGAAAUAGCCGAAGCAUAUGAGGUGUUGUCCGAUAAGAAGAAGCGCGACAUUUUCGAUCAGUAUGGUGAAGACGGCUUGAAGGGCGGCCCAUCGGGACCAGAUGGCUGCCCCCAACCUCCCGGAGGCUACACUUACCAGUUCCACGGCGAUCCGCGCGCCACUUUUGCACAGUUCUUUGGCUCGCCGAACAUCUUUGGAGCUGCCGAUCCAUUUGGCGCCUUCUUCGGCGGAUCCGGAGACGGUACACAAGAGCAGGUCUUCUUCAACAUUGGCGGCGAUGAGAUGUUGGGUGGCGGCGGUGGCUUUGGCGGUAACCCCAUGGGCGGUGCCUUCCGCUCGCAGUCGUUCAAUGCCCAAGCGCCCCCCAGUCGAAAACGUCAACAGCAAGAUCCACCAAUCGAGCAUGAUUUGUAUGUAACGCUGGAGGAGAUCGAAAGAGGCUGCACCAAGAAAAUGAAAAUAUCGCGCAUGUCCAUGGCUACGGGCACGGCGCGCAAGGAGGAGAAGGUGCUCAGCAUUACAGUUAAGCCUGGCUGGAAGGCGGGCACUAAGAUUACAUUCCCCAAGGAGGGCGACCAAGCCCCACAGAAGGUGCCAGCCGAUAUAAUCUUCAUCAUACGCGACAAGCCACACCCGUACUUCAAACGCGAGGGCAGCGAUCUGCGCUACAUUGCAGAGAUUAGCCUGAAGCAGGCGCUAUGCGGAUUAUCAAUGACAGUGCCAACGCUGCAUGGCGAGCGCAUACCGAUAAACACAAAGGGCGAAGUCAUUAAACCCACCACAGUGAAGCGUAUUAGCGGACGAGGACUGCCCUUCCCCAAGGAACCAUCCCGCCGUGGCGAUCUGAUAGUCGCCUUCGAUAUCAUAUUCCCAGACACCGUGCCGCAAGGCGCGCGGAUGACUCUGGCGGAAAUACUACCCGACUAAGUGGGCGAGGACGAGUCACCUAGCCACACAAUUGUAUAGUAUGUUCUAAAUUUAUUUUAAGUUUAAUUAGUUAACCCUAUGAUUGCCUAAUGUCAAGCAAGCGACCCUUAAGUGUAAAGGUUAUGGCCAAAAUCGAGCUUGGUUUAUGGCACAACUAGAUACUCUGCCAAACAAACUGUAGAUAUAAAUGAAUGAUCGAUAGCAUAGCAAGGCAAGAAUUCUCGCAGAUAAGAUAAGUACACUAACAAACAAAAUACUGAUACACUUACACACAUAAAAACACAAAUGGUUAACACGCUAGUGUUUUGUGCUGGAGACUGAAGAGUUAAGAUCUUGUAAACCAUAGCAUAGCAAUAAAAGAUACCAAAAUAUGUAACUGCAAAUUGUUUUGUGCUCCACCCCCCCAAAGACAAAGCCACACAUAUCCAAUUAACACUGUACUCUCCCAUUCCAACUUGGCUCCCUCAAAGCACUGCGUUGUACCUUGAAAAAAAUAACAGUGUGUUCCAAUUAUUUAUUAACAUGCGAUUGGAGUAGUACGUUCUAGUACCAUAAACAAACACAUGUCAAGCUAAACAAAGCAAAACUAAA